AUCCUGGAGAAAAGAGCGAGAGGUCCAGCCAUAUUCGCAGUGUUCGAUAAUCACUCCCUCUGCGGCUCCCCCACCUGUCCAAGGAUGCUGAUCUCAUUGGUAGGGCCCCCGCGAUCGGGCAAGCACACCAUCGCCAGCUACCUCUGCAUUCACCAUGGCUUCAGGCUCGUGCACAUCGACAGUGAGGCUCCCGCCCUGCUUCCUCGAACCUCUGCGGCUGCAUCCAAUGGCGAUGCGAAUCACGUCGCGGGGGAAGAUGAGGAAGAGGAAGCUCCUCCCACUGCUUUUCGCUCGCCAGGAGAUUUGCUAGAGUACUCGACUGCCAAUUGGUUUCGCCAGCUGGUCACAGUGGACCUCACUUCACUCGAGGAUAUCAGCAUCGGCUUCGACAAGCGGCCAUGGUUCCUCAUGGUAUCCGUCGAGGCGCCCUUGAGUGUCCGGUGGAGAAGAGCCAGAAGGGGACCAUCCUCUCAGCUUACUGACACGAGCGCACCAGGUCCAUCGUUGGAGGACUUCGUCGCAGCAGAUGAUCGGAUUCUCUACGGCUACGCUGCUAGUGAGGGGAGCAGUGUAAACGCUUCGCCUAUCGCCUCUUCCUCCUCAAGCUCGAUGGCCAGCCUGAACGGCACAACGAUGAUGAAACGCAGCGUCUCCACCACUCCAGGCGUGACCACGCUGCACCUUGGCAUCGGCGAUCUAGCUCUGCACCAGGUACCCAUCAAGUCUGCUCCUCUCAAUUCCUCGGGCCUCUACUCAGUCCUACUGCAAGCACAGCUGCGCAUCCUCAACCCUUACGAGACGACGUCGGAGCUGUACCGCUACCUCUCUACACUCGCUCUGCCCUCACUGCAUCGGCUGCGCCCCUCCUGGGAAACGUACUUCCUCUCGCUGUGCACACUGGCAUCGCUACGAAGCAACUGCAUGAAGAGGCGAGUUGGGGCCGUAUUAGUGAGGAACAAUCGAGUGCUCAGUACAGGGUACAAUGGCACACCGCGUGGACUGGUGAAUUGUAACGAGGGAGGGUGCCCGAGGUGUAACGCUAGCGCUACUUUGGGGACCAAGCUGGACGAAUGCUUGUGUCUUCACGCAGAGGAGAAUGCCCUUUUGGAAUGCGGGCGCGAGCGGGGAGGGGCAGAAGGGACGGUUCUUUACUGCAACACCUGUCCCUGUCUGCGGUGUGCGGUCAAAAUUGUACAGACGGGAGUCAAGGAGGUGGUGUAUCAGCUGGAUUACAGUGUAGAUCACCGGUCCUCGGACAUCUUCAAGGCGGCGGGAGUAGUGUUCAGGAAGUACCAUCCAUAGUAUUGGCGAGAGGUGUUCAGCAAUGGGAGCUCCCAGGGGCAGAGGCAAGGCUGCCUCACCUAGCAAUGUGUUAGCCAUGAAUACCAUGCCGUUGUGUCACACGAUCGCCCUCAGACAC